AUGUCGAAACAAGGCACAGUUGUAGAGCAAAAGCAGUUCUUUCUACAGGCAAAAAAACACCAGCUUUCGCGCGCAAUCAACCCUUCACAACGACUCAAGACCAUUGCAGAGGAUGGAGGCAUUGAGCUCGGCGUAGUCAAAGGUGCGCUUGACAAAGUAAACCGGGACCUCAAGCAGCACUCGCGCAAAGUGUACAGUCGGCAGAUGAUGGAGCAUGUCGUGGAGCAAAUCGAUCAACUUUACUGGGAAUCCGGCGCGCGGGACAUUGAUGACGAAGGUCUAGAUGAAGCCACAGAUGCAGCUGAAGACAGCAGCACGCUAUACCAGAAUGAGAACCUUACUCUGGACGAAAACAUUGCGAAACUACCCACCGUCUGGGACACGUCCGUAGACCCUACAUCUUCCCGCAACGUAGAUCAAGACGACUACACUACCGCCCUCGCCCGCCUCCAGGACCUCUCAGCGCAGCGCCUCUCUCUGCAAUCAAAGCUCAACACCUACCGCACGCUCCUCACGCUCCUCGAGCCGUACCGCAAGCCGAAGGAGAACAUACAACCUAAUCUGGUGUGGAGGGAUGCGCCGCUUGCACCAGAGCUGGCCAAGACAAGGACGCUUGCUAUACGAGUUGCGGGGAGGGUGGGUGAGCGGUUCGGGGACGUGCAAGUGCCGGCUACCGCAGACGAGGACGAAGAUGUCGAUAUGGUGGGGUUGCAGGAGAGCAGUAAAGCGAAGCUCAAUCGCAUACUUGCAGGGUGGUAG